UGACGCAACAGAGGGAGAAUUCGAAUGCGACCGCGCCCCCCACGCUGGGCCUGGCCUGACCGGAGCGCGCGGAGCUGAUUAAUCCUGGCCUGUUUUCACUGUGAUGCUUCCUGAGAAGAUGGAGACGUCCAGACAGGAAGAGAUACAGUUUAUAACUGAUGAGAAAUUUGACUUUGGUCAGCUCUCCCCUUCUGACAGCAGGGAGGAAGAAUGCCUUGGUGCAGAGGAAAAGGAGGAAGUCUUUGCCGGACCUGUCCAGCAGGUUGAAAGAUUCGUGGCGCAAAGAAUUGACCCGAAUGUCGUGAAGGAGGAGGGCAUUGGCCCCAGAAGAGAGCACCAGGUAAACUGGAGCCCAUUGAGCCCUGAGAAGUUGGAGGAGAUUGUGAAGGAGGCCAACUGGCUGGCCACGCAGCUGGAGAGGUGCCACCUGCCGAAGGAGAAUGCCCGUGCCUCACCCCGGGAGGAGACGGAGAUGAGCCUUGGCGGGGAGCCCCGAGCCCCCAUCAGGUUCUUGUCCAAGGAGCGGGAGAGUCCCAGAAGCCCCCGGCGCGAGACCUUCGUGGUGAAGAACAGUCCUGUCAGGGCGCUGCUGCCAACAGUGGAGCUGGGGACGCUCCUCUCAAAAGGGAAGAGCCCUUCUCCCCGCACCGCCGUGGCACCAGCUCACGCCCGGCUCCGACACAGAGCGGGCAGCCGCCUGGCUGGGGGUGAAAGGCCCCGGAAGGAAUCGACCCCCAGCAAGGUGCAGCCCCCACAAAGACUGGCCGGCAGUAAGCAGCUGAGCUUCCAGGACAACCCCAAUAGACGCACAUCGCCUUCAGUAAGAGUGAAAGAAGCAAGAGGACCCAGGUCGUCGCCCACGCAGCCCCGUCUCAAGCAGGAGCUUUCCUCACCCCGAGGGAAAGCAGAGUCCCUGCAAAUUGUUAAUACAGGUCCAGCUAAGCCCUGUGGGGACAACUCCUCCCAGCUCCCAACCAGCUCCAGACCCACCGCAACAUCCACCUGCCAGGCACGGGCUAGGAGCACAGCCAUCCCCAUCCCUGCCAGCCGCCUCCCAGUGCCCACCGCUGUUCCCAAACCAGCCAGCCGAGUUAUUUCCCUGAGCCAGGCUGCAGUGCCAAGGAAAUCCAGCCAGCCACAGCUCCUGGGCCAGGGGUCUGCUGGGGCAAAGGGGCUCCUGAGGCCCAGUGCAUCUGGACAGCGAGCCUCUGUAACCCAGCGGACAACCCCUCAAGGUGCUCUCCGUGGCAGCAAGCUAGAGCCACCUAAGAAGGUGACUGUAGCCAGCCGCCCAAGGUAACAUCACUAGGCUGGGAGAACACAGCUUGAACCACAAAACCUCUAAGACUCAAGUCCUUUUUCCUGGGGCAGGAGCAUUCUGAUCCUAUGCCCCUCUGCUCAGUGCCUCCAACAGGAGCACUUACCAUCUCUGUGCUGCCAGCUGCUGGGCUGGCAACCUGCACCUAUCAGCUUUAAGAACCAGGAACCUGAAAUGAAUAUGCCCAGGUUUCUACUGAUUACUUCUACUUUGAUUUCUAUAUUGAGGAGGAAGGAGGAAUUCCAAAAGGAAAACAAACACUGAGUUUAUUUCUUGUCUGAUUAGAGCCGACUGCUGGAACUUCCCCUCCUAGCCAGAUCUCAUCUUGCAGCUACAUUGCUAAACACUCAUCUGUUAGCAGGACUGUCAGUUGGGAAAUGGGGUCAUUUCCCACAAAUCAUUUUAACCUUUCAGCAUAAAAUCAAAAUCUGAGGUCUUCUGAUUCUGCAGAGCCUCAUGCCCCCCCUCUGUGUACCAGGCUCCCUCAUUAGACUUUGGGCCCUGGCACACAGCACAUUUAUGGAACAAAUAACAUGUUAAAUCAUGUCAUAAAUUGUAGCAUGCCAUAAGUUCAGCCAAUAUAUGGCGCCAUAAAAUGACAAACCAGUCACAAAGAUGUUCCACAUAUUAUAGAACAUCUUUGUGGCUGGUUUGUAUGGCGCCUUAAAUUGAACAUGUGGCAUAGGUCUUCGGACCUGGGGCUGUCCCAGAGGGUGUGCACAAUCACCUGAUUGUGCAUGUUCCCAUUAAUUUGUAAAAUACGGUGCGUCUGCACAUUCAUUAAUGCGCUGUAAUGACAGGUAC